AUGGACACGGAGUCGCCGAACAAUAAUUGGUGCAGGAAGGAACCGCAACCGAAAAAGAUGGCCAUCAUCCCGGUUGGGUACACUCCGAAUACCCUCAGCCAUGAACAGCUGAAUGCUACUCGAUGCGCGCUGAUCAAUAGCAUCAUGGAGAAGAGCUCAAACAAUACGAGAGACAAGUUUAGGAAGUGCACCUACAAACAAGGGUAUCUUGAAAUCGCCUGUGUAGACAAAGAUACAACUAAGUGGCUGCAGGAUGCCAUAGCUGCGAUCAAGCCGUGGGAAGGCGCUUCAUUGGAAGCCGUUGAAGCGUCGCAGAUUCCAAAACAAGCGCUUUACAUCGGGUAUUUCCCCGACAGCAUCGAAAGGUCCGAUGGGAGCAUCCUCCGCCUGGUGCAGAAUCAGAACGAAAAUUUCUGCACAGAAUGGUGGAGGGUCGUGAAUAGAACUACGGUCCUCAAAACGGUAGAUGAGGCUUCAAUGAAACUGAUAACCUCCCAACACAACCAGCUGAACUACGUAUUCGGAAAGGCUUGA